UUCCAUUCUUUAUUUGGAGACAGAAGGCUCAGUGCUUGUGAGACACAGCGUGUGAUGGAGGACGCUCGCACACAAAGCAUCCUUUCCUAUUCCUGAGCCAGCUCUCCCUGUCGUUGGCCGCUCGCUGACACUUCAUUCCCUCUUUCUGUAACCUCAUCAAUGCGGUUCUUCAGACUCACAUUCAAGUGCUUUGUGGAUUGCUUCUGAAUCCCUCUCCCCGGAUCUCCGUGGUUCCCUCUAUCUUUUUUAUUUUUUUUUUUUACUAAUAUUUUUUUAAGACUGACUUUUUUUUUAAUUAAUUAAAAAAAUAUAUUUUUUAAUCACUGCGCUGAAAUAAAAAAAAAACAACAAAAUCAACAAACCGUAAAAAAAAAAAUGCGAAGCACGCCAAAAGAAAAGAGCACAGAAAAACCUGGUUGUUCUGGGGCUCCGGACAUGGAAGGAGUUGAGACAGCAGGAGGGGGGGAAGCAGUCCCAGAAGAAAAAGCUGUGAUUGCUCCUCUCGUGGUGCCUUCCAUGGGUCAGGUCAAGAUACCCAUCCCAGAGCGAGAGACUUGGACCCGUCAGAUGGACUUUAUCAUGUCUUGUGUGGGCUUUGCUGUUGGACUGGGGAACGUUUGGAGGUUCCCUUAUCUCUGCUACAAAAACGGAGGAGGCGUAUUUCUGAUCCCUUAUCUGCUAAUCGUUUUUGUGGGUGGAAUACCAGUGUUCUUUCUGGAGAUUGCUUUGGGGCAGUUUAUGAAACAAGGUGGAAUUGCGGCAUGGAACAUUGCUCCGCUAUUUAAAGGUCUUGGCUUUGCCUCAAUGGUUAUCGUGUUCUUCUGUAACACCUACUACAUCAUGAUCCUGGUCUGGGGCCUCUAUUACCUGGUGCACUCCUUCACCAACACCCUGCCCUGGGCCACCUGUGGAAAUCCUUGGAACAGUAAAGAGUGCACCGAAGUCUUCCUUGUAGACCAGUGCACCAAUAUGAGUUCAGUCAACGCUACAGUUUCCGGCACACUGGUCAACAUUAGCUGUGAUGCUCUAGUGAAUAAGCGCUCACCUGUCAUUGAGUUUUGGGAGAGAAAGGUAUUACAGAUCUCUGGAGGUUUGGAUGAGCCUGGGCAGCUGAACUGGCAGAUGAUCCUCUGCCUACUGGCAACAUGGGUUAUUGUGUAUUUCUGCAUCUGGAAAGGAGUGAAAUCAACAGGAAAGGUUGUCUAUUUCACAGCGCUGUUCCCAUACGUGGUCCUGAUAGUCCUUCUGGCCCAUGGGGUGACGCUCCCUGGAGCACUGGAUGGCAUUGUGUACUAUCUGAAACCUAAUUGGUCCAAACUUGCUGAAGCUCAGGUCUGGAUUGAUGCUGGUACACAGAUCUUCUUUUCUUAUGCUAUAGGGCUUGGUGCUUUGACAGCACUGGGCAGUUACAACAGAUUUCACAAUAACUGUUAUAGGGAUGCCUAUAUACUGGCUGCUAUUAACAGCACUACAAGCUUCUUUGCUGGAUUUGUUGUCUUCUCGGUUUUGGGAUUCAUGGCAUCGGAGCAGGGUGUUCACAUAUCAAAGGUUGCAGAGUCUGGUCCUGGUCUGGCCUUCAUUGCAUACCCAAAAGCUGUGACUCUAAUGCCAUUUGCACCAAUCUGGGCUGCUCUGUUUUUCUUUAUGCUCUUGAUUCUAGGUCUUGACAGCCAGUUUGUGGGGGUCGAGGGAUUCUUAACCGGCAUAAUGGAUUUAUUUCCUCAACCUAUUAAUGGCUUUGUGCGCAGGGAGGUCACCGCUGCACUUUGCUGCCUUGUGUGCUUCGUCAUUGAUCUUUCAAUGGUUACAGAGGGUGGCAUGUACGUCUUCCAACUCUUUGACUAUUAUUCUGCGAGUGGCAUCACUUUGUUGUGGCAGGCGUUCUGGGAGUGUGUGGUUGUCGCAUGGGUCUAUGGUGCUGACAGGUUUAUGGAUGACAUAGCCCGAAUGAUAGGGUACCGGCCUCUCCCUUACAUGAAAUGGUGCUGGUCUGUGAUCACUCCCUUGGUCUGUGUGGGCAUCUUCGUGUUUCAUGUAGUCAACUACAAGCCACUGACAUACAAUAAAACGUAUGUCUAUCCAUGGUGGGGAGAGGCGAUUGGCUGGAGUCUGGCUUUGGCUUCAAUGCUGUGCAUACCCCUGACCGUGGUUUAUAAGAUGCUUCGUUCUAAGGGGUCUCUGCUGGAGAGAUGGCACCUACUGACGACUCCUGUUUGGGGCCACCACCACCUGGAAUAUCUAACCCCCGAGGCUGAGACCAAAUUGCUACCACCAGACACCUUGGUCACAUCCAACAAGGAGAAAGCCACCUUAUUUGAGACAGUUAUCUGAGUCUCAUAUGCACUAGCUUCUUGCAAGUCCUGCUUUACUGUAACCCUUUGUGCCAAUCUAUUUCUCUUGUCUCUGUGCAGCUCUUUAAAAAGACAGCAAAGUAACACUAUGUAAAGGAAAGUAACGACUGGAGAAUUUCCAUCAAAGGUUCUCAGACCAUUCAAGUGCCACAGAAAAAGUUAAAAAACAAGUUAUUGUGUUGGUGCUGCCAUUGAUGUUAAAAAUAGAAUCUAUGCACAUAAUUACUAGCUGGCUUGAAAAGGAGGUGUAGAGGUGCACAGAGUAUAACUUUUCUGCAUAUUUGCCUAGAUACAUAUGAGCAUUUUAGUAGUUAUAUUGUUUGAUUUGUAUAGACGACCAUAACAAAACGCCCUUGUGAUCAUAGCAGAGGUAUACCUAUUAAAAUCAAUGGCAUAACCUCAGUAAUAAUAUGAAAGAUAUUACCCAUAUGUUUAAAGAUACUAGGCUCACUUACUAACACUUAGAAGAUGUGAACUUGGGCAGUUACCCAUAGCAACCACAUGAAGUAGUUGUUCAUUGUUCAGCCAACCACAUGGACGAAAUUGGAUUGGUUGCUAUGAGACACUGACCUAUGCAAAGUAAACAAGCCCAGCUAAAAUAGAAAAGCUAUGAUUAGUGCAGAGAACAAGAGUGCCCUGUCUAGUUCAAGAAAAGUAUCUAAUAAUAUCAGGGCUGGAACUAGUGGUAGGCAGAGAGGCACAUGCCUAGGGCACAGAACUGAAGGAGCGCUGGGCAUAUACCUCCUGUUGGCCUACCCCUAGUCCAGAAUCUUGUUCCUCACCUCUGCUCCAGGUAGUUGUCCGGCUCUGCUUAAUAUUUCCCCUUCAUUAAAAAUUAAUUGAUCAAUUAAUUAACACAUAGGGCAAUGGCUACAUGCCAGGCUAUCUUUUUAACAAUUUCUAUUAUAAAUAAUAUUGUACUCUAACGUGUACCAUAAAGACCAUCAGCUGCUACAGAAUCAUCAAGGAGGUAGAAUUCCUAUUCAUUGUUCUUUUGUGCAGAGCUCGCAUUGGCCCUCUUGUGCCAUAAACUACCAGGGCAAAAUGGCUGAUUGUUAAUGGCAUUCCCAGCUUGCUAGCGGUAGCUAAAAAGUAAUGAUUGGCAAUUCUUCUCAUCCUUGAUGUUCUCAUUCAAGACCAAAAAUGAUCUAAACUUGCUGGCUCAUCCUUAUCAGUAUUAUGUUCUAUGCUGUAGAUACUUGGUACUAACAAUGGUGGUUGACACAAUAUGAUAAAUACGCCCGUGUUCACAAAAUGGGCUAUUCUAAAGAACUCUUUAAUCUCUAAUAUUAAAGCUCGUCACCAUAUCAUCAUGAGAUGUGAGUCCGGUCUCUAAUGAUGUCAAUGUUUCUGGGUAAUUCUGAAAAUGUGUUCUACAAACAGUUCAUGGGACAAUGUUUUUAACUAAUGUGUUAUACCAAAGACUCUUAACCAUUUCAUUAAACUCAUGAGUAUUUCAUA